UCCUCUCUCUCAUUUACAGUUUAGUUUAGUACACAGCAACAACAUCAAUUAGCAGCAACAACAGCAGCGAGAAGCAGCAGCAGAAGUCGAAGCUAGAAACAUGGCGGUCUUUGGCAUGGUCUCGGCUGUGUCCAGCUUCAUCAAGAUACGCUAUCUGCUGGACAAGGCGGUCAUCGAUAACAUGGUCUUUCGCUGCCAUUAUAGGAUUACCACAGCCAUACUCUUCACCUGUUGCAUUAUUGUUACGGCCAACAAUUUGAUUGGUGAUCCGAUUAGCUGCAUUAAUGACGGCUCCAUACCGAUGCAUGUGAUCAACACCUUCUGCUGGAUAACAUACACCUUCACGAUACCUGGCCAACAGCACAGGCAAAUUGGCACCGAUGUGGCUGGGCCUGGAUUGGGCAACGAAUAUGGGCAGGAGAAACGUUACCAUAGCUACUAUCAGUGGGUGCCAUUCGUGCUCUUCUUCCAGGGUCUCAUGUUCUAUGUGCCCCACUGGAUCUGGAAGAAUAUGGAGGAUGGCAAGAUUCGCAUGAUAACGGAUGGUUUGCGUGGCAUGGUCUCUGUGCCGGAGGAUUAUCGCAAGGAUCGACAGGAUCGCAUCAUUAAAUACUUUAUGGAAAGUCUCAACUCGCACAACGGCUACUCCUUUGCGUAUUUCUUCUGCGAACUGUUGAACUUCAUCAAUGUCAUUGUCAAUAUCUUCAUGGUGGAUAAGUUUCUGGGCGGUGCUUUUAUGUCCUAUGGUACUGAUGUCCUCAAGUUCUCGAAUAUGGAUCAGGACAUGCGCUACGAUCCGAUGAUUGAGAUCUUUCCAAGAUUAACGAAAUGUACGUUCCGUAAAUUCGGCCCAAGUGGUUCCAUACAGAAACACGAUACGCUCUGCGUGCUGGCCCUCAAUAUACUCAACGAGAAGAUCUAUAUAUUCCUAUGGUUCUGGUUCAUUAUAUUGGCUACCAUUUCGGGCGUGGCUGUGCUCUAUUCCCUGGUGGUCAUCAUGAUGCCCACCACACGCGAAACAAUCAUCAAGCGCUCCUAUCGGUCAGGUCAGCGCAAGGAAAUCGCUGGACUCGUGCGACGUUUGGAGAUUGGCGACUUCUUGAUCUUGCAUUUCCUUAGCCAGAAUCUUACCACACGGUCGUACGGCGAUAUGCUGCAUCAGCUAUGUGGCUUGCUGGGUGCCUCCCGUACACCCUCUGCCCCCUCGACGUUGGAAAUGAAUCCGAUUAGCCAUUCAAUUUACCCGCCCGCCGAGCUGUUCGGCGGCAAGGAGACCGAGACAUAGGCGCUAAAGCAAUUAAAUUGGCGCUAAUUUUAAACAAAACAAACAAAAUAUUUCAAUGAUUUCUCAAUAAUAUUUGUAGACGAUGUAGAGAUGUGACC